UUCAUCGCAAGUCAUAACAAACACGAAAUUCAUCGUUGAAGUUAGCAAAAAUGUAGAUGAAACGAAAAACUGCUUCAAAUGAUGAAACACACUGUGAUCAUAUCAUUUGGUUUUCAAGAAGAAGAAGGGUUUGUCAUUAAAGUUCAGUAUUGCAUGUUUACCGUUAGCUAACUGUCAGUUCAAACUAUUUUAGUCAACUUUCUUCCCCUCAAUCAAUGGUUUAAUGCUACUAAAUUUAUUCUUUAGUCUAUUGCCUUCUUUCAUGGUUGGGGUUACAAGUUCAAUUUACAGUUAUUAACCAUUUUGACUAACUUCAUACUUAUUAACUUCACAGUUUCAACUUUCUUGAGUAUUAAUACAUAAUAAGGCACAAAAUCACGUGUUCUAGAAGAGUAGACACUACAGAGGCAGGCAGGCAAACUCCUAUUAAUUACCAACUUGUUUUUUUUGGGUGACAAAAGAGUCGAAAAGUUCUUUAUUUGUUGUUGUGGAAUUUGGUUUCCUCAAAGGAAUCAUAAUCAUAACAUUGUUUUUUAAAUCUUUUGAUAUUCUAAAUUAACUACUCUAGACAUAGUAAUUAACAAUACAUCCACUCUCAUUCCCACUCUUAUCUCUUGAUCAACCAUGGAUGAACAUGAUGAUCAAUACUGCAACACUACUCUUGGGCUCGGACUAAAUCCGUACGAGCCCAAAAGGGAAGAUCAAAAGAAAGUUAAGCCCAUGUUGUUUCUCGAUCUUUCUAUCUCACGUCACCCUGACGAUCUUAGAAUUAUCGAUUCGAGCUUGAGCUUGAAUUUGUUUGAAAAUUACGAGAAAGAAAGCGAAAAUAAGGAAUAUGACAGCAAUAGUUACAAGAAUUGUAGCAGAAAGAAAAUGAGGCUCACUAGAGAUCAGACAACCUUGCUUGAAGACAGUUUCAGGCAGCACUCCACCCUUACUACGGCUCAGAAACAGGCGCUGGCAGAAAAAUUGAAUGUCAAAACCAGACAAGUUGAAGUUUGGUUUCAAAACCGGAGAGCAUGGACAAAACUAAAGCAAACGGAGGCUGAUUUCCAGUUCUUGAAGAAAACUUGGGAGCGAUUAAUGGAGGAGAAUUGCAGGUUGAAGAAAGAGUUGAUAGAGCUAAGAUCGUAUAUCAAGAUAGAAACGCCACCACCACCACCACCACCGUGCUUCUUUCGACUUCCAUAUUGCGAAGGUCCCGAAGCUUGAAACAUGAUUAUUAAGAUUGGGGGAGAUCGGGCCCACGGUAUGCUUACGAGGGUUACAAAGGUUUCUCCUUUUCCAAGAUACGCUCUCUCUAGAAAUUCGUGUAACUAAAUAGCAAACAAGUUAAUGUACAUGUUAAGCAACACUAGAACUAUGUAAACAACGAACUCCAGUCGAUCUUGUUCCGUUUUAUCUGGUUAUCGAAUCAAAUUGCAAAA